AUGGCUGUGAAAGAUGGCGUCUCGUACGACACCAUCCACCCUUCUUCAAUGCACAUCGUCAUACUCAUUCUUCACCGAUGCAGAUAUUAUCCGACCAGCAACCUGAUCUCCAAGAAGCCGCGAAAGCACUAUCGCAUUCCAGUCCGAUCCCAACAUUGGCAACUACGAUCUCUUAUCAGCGCCGAGAAGCAAAACAUAAUAUAUUUCCCCGGAGGCUCUGGAAGCAACCAUGUCCAGCGUCUCAACACCACCACCAAGGAAUGCGAAACUGUCAAGUUCCUUUCGUUUUCGCCACGAUGUCUAGUUGCCGAGAGCGGAUGGAUUUGCUGCGGGGGAGAGACUGGCGAGUUUACGGCGAUUCAGCUCGACAGCACCGCCGAUGACGGCAACGACCUUGAUCUCCAGCUGAACCUGGAACCCGACGCUCGACUACCCCUCGGCUUCGACUCAGAUUCACCGCGCCCCGAAGAUACCGUCUUUUCUCUUGUUGCGCAGUCGCGACGGUUGAACAUGGGCAGUCGACUAAAUAAAAGCUACACAGCCAAGAGUCAAAAGCUGGCGCGUGACCGCGUCAAUUGCAUAACUAUGUGGUUCCCGCCUAUCGCUGGUCCCAUGCAUCAUGGCGCCUACACCGAGCCCGCUGCUGUCUUAGCAAAUAACGACAAGACUGUGGUUUUGGUUAGCUUGCGCGACUUCGAGGGCCAGGACAAAGUCGAACCACUGGAUGUAGUGACCUACCCGGACUACGUCAAUCGUGCCAUAAUAUCUCCCGACGGUCGGCUCCUCGUCGCCAUUCUUGACGAUCCGUUCUUGUAUAUUCACCACCGUGUUGAGACGACCAUCGACGAAAAUGGUCCUUUCAGGGCGGACGACAAGGCCGAGUAUCGCUGGGAAUUGUGCGGCAAGAUCUUGCUGAAGAGUCAACGAAGAGAUGAUGGCUCCGACAGCAGGGGUAGCUUCGCUGCUUGUUUUUCGAACACAGGGGCAUAUUUGGCAGUGGGCACUCAAUACGGCACCAUCUCUAUAUAUGAUGUUGCCGGGCUGACAGAUCCAGAUGUUACCGAUCCUCUGCUGACAUCUUUCACCUCAUCGAGACCAAUGGCAGGCUCUGGAGCUGUCCGUGACAUGGCUUUCUGCCCCGGUCCUUACGAUCUCUUGGCGUGGACAGAAGAUCGCGGUCAUGUAGGCGUAGCUGACCUGAGAUCUGGGUUUGUACAGCGUCAAGUACUGGAUAUCAGUGCGGAGGGCGACUACGAGCACGUUACCGUGCUUGACCGCGCAACCAUUGACCCUCGCCUUUUGGAAGGUCGUGGCGAGCGGGAAACCGCUUCGCCGUCCCCUUUUGCCGCCCCGCUCGGUAUUGGAGAAAGUCGCCGACGACGAGGAUCCGAAGGUCUGGAGAGGCAUCAUUUGGCCUUGACUCCCGAUGAGACGCGGGUGCUUGAAGCUCUGCAAGACGAACGUCGGAGAAGAGAGCAGAGAGACCGGAUAGCAGCCCGUAUGGCGGAGCAGGCGGCAAGUCUGUCAACCCCUCAACAGCUACCCUCUUAUCGGGGCGCCGCUUCUCCCCGCUUGAUUGACCACGAAUCUAACACCAGAGUAGCUACGACGCGCGUGCGAAGCAGUAGUAUGUCUCGCAGCAUGGUAGAGCAAGUUGAUGCGGCGCGUGUAAUAGAGGAGCGCAGCGACUUCCAGCCUGGCAGUGUAUCUCGCGCCAUCGGGGAUCUCUUAGGUAAUAUUCGAGACUCGCGAGAACGGGCCCAAGAGCGGAUACGCAAUGCGCAUCGGCUUAUUCUACAGUCGAGCCCUGACCGAGAGCGCAUGCUGGGUAUGAUGAAUGCCCAUCCUCCGAGGCGACCUGCGAGUAUUCGACCAGGUGACUCCUCUGCUGCAACCCAGCGAACCGCCAACGACUUACGUAGCUUGACGCCUUCCGGUAGCGGUUGGGCCGAUUUGGAAGCUGUGUACAGCCUUUCUUUCGAAAGUAAUAUUCAAGACCUGCGCAGCGCCACCAGAGAUCGUGACAGAGAUCGGUCUUCGAUUUUGCCACUGCUCAACUCUGUUGCGAUCCGCGAGCUAGAGGAGCGCAGUGCUCGGCGACGCGUCGUGCUGGAGCAUGGUGUUCAUGAGGCUCCUCCAGAGCCCGACAACACGGCUGGGAUCUCGUGGAGCGAGGACGGCCGCAUUUUGUAUGUCGGCGCAGAAAACGGCAUCUACGAGUUUCACGUUGAUGUACAAGGGCGGAAAUUCCGCCCGAACUUGACUUUGCGAUAA